UGUUAUUUAUUUCUGGCCGCUUUAAGAAUUACUAUAUUUGGCGGAUGCGCGAAACCGUUGUGUUUUUUUUUUUUCAUUAUUAGACAUAUUCGGUUGCCUGCAACCUCGCUUGAGUUUUAUCCCUGUCCAUUGUAUUAUCGAUAACGUUGUUUACAAUGCGAUAAUAGAAUGCAUUUAAUAACCUCAAUCAUUUAGUGAAUCGCACUUUUUAUACUUACAAUUGAAGUGUGUUCUGCUGAUCGGUAAGAUGAACCGUUCGGAGUCGAAUUUUACGUUGCCUUACAGCCAGGCCAACGAGAAGGAACAGGACGAGAAAUUAUUGGAGCCUUUUCGGUACAUCCUCCAAGUGCCCGGCAAAAAUUUGAGGUUAAAAUUGGCCAAGGCGUUCAAUCACUGGCUGAAAAUAUCGGAGGAGCACUUGCUACAGAUCGCCGACAUCGUUCAAAUACUCCACAACGCUAGUCUGUUGUUGGACGAUAUUCAAGACAAUUCUAUCCUGAGAAGGGGAAUUCCGGUAGCCCAUUCCAUCUAUGGGGUGCCCGCCACCAUAAAUUCGGCAAACUACGUGUCCUUUAUUGCUCUGGAAAGGGCGCUUCUAUUGAAACAUCCCCAAGCGAUCACCAUAGUUAUAGAGCAAAUUUUGGAGCUGUACAGGGGCCAGGGCAUGGAAAUAUAUUGGAGGGACAAUUACACUUGCCCCACUGAAGAGGACUACCGUCAGAUGGUUAUUAGAAAAACGGGAGGCCUUUUCAUGCUAGCCAUAAGACUAAUGCAACUUUUCAGCGACAAUACCGAAGAUUUUAACAAAAUUACGGGAAUUUUGGGGCUCUUUUUCCAGAUACGAGACGAUUACAUAAACCUAAAUUCCGAAGAUUACAUGCUCCACAAAAGUUACUGCGAAGAUCUAACCGAAGGAAAGUUUAGUUUUCCCCUCAUACACGCAAUCAACAACCAUCCGGAGGACACCCAGAUUAUGAAUAUUCUAAGGCAAAGGACCAAAGACGUCGAAGUGAAAAAGUACUGCGUGAAGUUGCUGGACAAGUUCGGCAGUUUCGAGUACACGCGGCUGACGUUGAAAAAUUUAGAGGCGGAGGCGAGGGAAGAGCUCAAAAAACACGCGCCCAAUCCCUAUAUGGAGGAGUUCUUAACCUCCCUCGCAAAUGUUUAAAACUCACUGCGCCACUUGUAUUAUAGUGUUACGGUUUUUUCCUUUUCACGGAAUUGUAAUUUAUACAUUGUAAUAUAUACUGGUUUAAAAACGAUUCUGUCGCCAUUUUG